CGUUUGUGCUGCUCCGCUCUUUGCCUCCGCUUUUGGAGUACGCCUCGCCGUAGUGUUCGUUCUGGCUGUUCUCUUUGGUGGAUCUGUGCCGUCAAACAUCUGUUUCUAGCGCUAAAUAUGUGCAGAACUUCGUCGUUGUGUGCAGCAUAACAGUGGUGUGUUGGUCGACCUUCGGAUACCGUCUGUGAUACUGGUUCAAAGCUCACCAUGGAUUCGUGGCACUAGCUGGGGCGAUCUAUGUGAGGCUCAAGAUGAGUGCAUGCUCCUGACUAGGCGAGCUGAGUGACAGGCACCCCCCGGUUCCUUCGGGGGUCUUGCCCUCCACGCCAUGGUGCGGCGUAGCACAAAGCGGCUUUUCAAGCUGGUUGGAUGGGCAGCGGCUCUGCUACUGUGCACGUCCCUCCUAGUGAAAAUGUUUGGUGCUCAUCAGGGUUUGGACUUUGUGCCUGGAGGUGGAGGCGCCUUCAUGCCUCGUGCGCCACAUUUAGACAGAUCACAACAGGAACCUCAGAAAGCUCCCGUUGAAGCGAAGGAAUCCGCCGUCGCCGUUCAUCCAGAGAAGAAAGAAUCAGAGAGCGAAGUGGUGACGGCGAACGAUGGAAAGAAAGACUGGCACGACAGGGAACUCAUGCUUCGAGAGUCGAAAGCUCAAGGUCCCGGAGAGCAAGGAGCAGCUUUUUAUCUGCCACCGGGCAUGGAAGACAAGAAAGACGCGCUGUACAAAGUGAACGGUUUUAACGCCCUAGUUAGCGACUUCAUUGCACUCAACAGGUCACUACCUGACAUUAGGCAUCCGGGGUGCCAAAAGAAGCGAUACGUGGCUAAGCUUCCCGUGGCCAGUGUGGUGGUGCCCUUCCACAACGAGCACCGGUCAACUCUAAUGCGAACGGCAACUAGCGUGCUCAACCGAUCCCCUCCUGGGCUUAUCAAGGAGGUCAUUCUCGUCGAUGAUUUCAGCUCUAAAGAACAACUGAAGAAGCCUCUCGAAGACUAUAUCGCACAGCACUUUACCAACGUUCACGUUAUACGUGCCAAGAGACGAGAGGGCCUCAUCCGAGCCCGUUUACUGGGAGCUCGCCAGGCGACCGGGGACGUCAUCAUCUUCUUGGAUUCUCACACGGAGGCCAACACUAAUUGGCUGCCUCCACUUCUGGAGCCAAUCGCUAUGGACUACCGCACUGUCGUCUGCCCCUUGAUUGACGUCGUCGACUAUGAGACAUUCGCUUAUCGAGCUCAAGACGAGGGUGCGCGUGGUUCAUUCGAUUGGGAACUCUACUACAAGAGACUCCCUCUGCUACCCGAAGACCUACGCCACCCUACAGAACCGUUCAAGAGCCCCGUGAUGGCCGGAGGUCUGUUUGCCAUCAGCCGAAAAUACUUCUGGGAGCUGGGCGGCUACGACGAAGGUCUGGACGUGUGGGGAGGCGAGCAGUACGAGCUCUCCUUCAAGAUCUGGCAGUGCGGCGGAACUAUGGUGGACGCUCCAUGCUCCAGAAUAGGACAUAUCUACCGAAAGUUUGCUCCAUUCCCCAACCCCGGCAUCGGAGAUUUCGUCGGCCGCAAUUACAGAAGGGUGGCUGAGGUGUGGAUGGACGAGUACAAGGAGUUUCUCUACAAUCGUCGCCCCCACUACCGAAAUUUGGACCCAGGAGAUCUUUCCAAGCAGAAGGCGCUACGCGAGAAGCUCAAGUGCAAAUCGUUCAAGUGGUUCAUGACGAACGUAGCCUUCGACCAGUCCAAGAAGUAUCCCCCAGUAGAACCUCCCGACUACGCAUCGGGAGAGCUACGCAACGUGGGCGCCAACCUAUGCGUCGAUACGCAGUACAAAGGCCAGAACGAGCGUUUCACGCUGGAGCCUUGCAUCAAAGACUUGCAUGGCCGCAGCGGGGAGCAGCAGUUCGUGCUCACUUGGCACAAAGACAUUCGGCCCUCCAAGCGAUCAGUCUGUUUCGAUGUAUCUACUUCUGACAAACGUGCACCAGUCGUCCUCUGGAGCUGCCAUGGAAUGCACGGCAACCAACUUUUCAAGUACGAUACGGCGUCGAAGCACCUUUUCCAUCCAAUCACAGCUAACUGCAUGGACUGUGACGUCGAACGGCGUGAAGUCUUCAUGAACCCUUGCGACGAUAAUAGCCCAACACAAAAGUGGACCUUCGAGAACGUGAACGAAACUGCGCUGGCUGCCUGGUGAUCGCGCCGUCCCCGUAGGUGUCAAAGCCGAAGAUUAUGUGUGUGUGUGUGUGCGUAUAUGUGUGCUGUGACCACGCCUGGAGCUCACUCGAGAUGUCAAGCGAUGUUCCUUCAGUUAAGUAAGGGGCCUUCAUUCUGAAACUUGUUUUGUGCGGGAACUAUUCCGUACAAAAUGACGGCAGUCUGCGCCGCAGUCAGUGUGUGCUGACUGGGAUCUUGACAGUUCUAUAGAGGACGCGUAAGUUUUCUACUGGUUGCGUGAGCUUGCUGGACAUUAGCCUUAUAGGAACAACGCAUGUUUCGGACUCAUCGGUACUCUUCAGCCUUAUGAGAAGUUAACCGAUGGCCACCGACCUCUCCUGGUCACCUCUGGUCACUGGAAGGACAGACAAAAGAAAGGCUUGAAUAUGUCAAGGAUACUUUUUUAUUUAUCGUCGUUCUCCGGACUUUAAAAGGGUUUUCAUUUUGGGGACAAUGUGGUGCCUUUGCUCAGAAGGCAGCAUCAACAGUGUAUGGCGUGGGUUUGUUCAUAGUGUUCGAUGCUCCUCCUUGUUGUGUGCUGUUUGCGGAAGUAAAACGUAUUUUCUAAGAGA